AUGAAUCGUAAGCACGUCGUUAGGAAACACAAUGGUGACGUGAUGAUUCAACGUGAUCAUGAUAAUUGUUUAAACGAGACUGCUGAGCAAUUAAACAGCGUAAUGGAAAACAAAAUGUCAAGAAACACUAAACCAAGUAAACCAAGUAAACCAAGUAAACCAAGUAAACCAAGUAAACCAAGUAAACCAAGUAAACCAAGUAAACCAAGUAAACCAAGUAAACCAAGUAAACCAAGUAAACCAAGUAAACCAAGUAAACCAAGUAAACCAAGUAAACCAAGUAAACCAAGUAAACCAAGUAAACCAAGUAAACCAAGUAAACCAAGUAAACCAAGUAAACCAAGUAAACCAAGUAAACCAAGUAAACCAAGUAAACCAAAUUUAUAUUAUUAA